UAGAUAAUUUUUAUCUUAGCCCUUUUCCUGAAACAGCGGGAAAGAGAGAGAGAAACAGAGGAGAAAUGAGGUUGCUGCUCACAGCAGUUCUGGUCCUUCUUGCUUGCAGCCUUAAUGAAGGAACAAAAGAAGAAACAUUCAAGGGAAAAAUAUCAAAGGAAUCACUAAAUUCCACGAAAGUAUUGCAAAGUGAAAGAGCUAGGAUAAUAGCUAAUGCAAUCAAUGAUGCAAAACAAAGUGCUCAGGAAAAAGAGUCACUGAUCCCACAAAGGAUCAUUGGCCCACUAUCAAGUGCAGAUCUUUUAGCAGAUGGAUUCAAGAGGCCAUCAAAAGAAGCUGCAGCUCAAGGAAAUGCAAGACUCCUCAUGGAGGACAUGGUGCGCAGAGCAGAGAAGGAACUAGAGAGAGAAAGGAUUCCGUUAGCUCAAAACACAGGAGACAGUUUCCGUGAGCCAGGUUCUUUGUUAGAGAAUUCAGAGGUUAUGUUGAUGUUUAAAGAAAGUGGUUGCCAAGCAGCAAAGCCAGUUCCUCGCUGUAACAAUAGAUAUCGUUAUCGUACUAUAGACGGUACUUGUAAUAAUCUUCGUAGGCCACUCCAAGGUUCAGCACAUACUGCAUUUAGACGAUUGAUACCAUCAAGAUAUGAAGACGGUAUAUCAGAUAUAAUUGGUAAGAGACAGUCUAACAGUAGGAGCAUAAAGCAAGGCGGAGUCUAUAUUAGUAGUGGUCCAUUUGAUCCACCAUAUCCCAGUCCUAGGUUGAUCAGUCAACGUAUAGUAGCUCAUGAUUCAUCUAAUGAGCUGCCAUUGACACACAUGGUAAUGCAAUGGGGCCAGUUCUCAGAUCAUGAUCUUGAUCUUGCUCCUGAGCCAGAACGUGUCGAAUGUGGCACUGCUUGUCAAUUGAAGAUAAUGAAUCGUAGCUGGAAUGAUGAGAAGCUGUAUCAAGAAACAAGAAAGAUAAUAGGAGCAAUGCUACAAAAGAUUACAUUUAAGGACUUCCUCCCUAAACUGAUAAGGAGUAAGAUACUAAAUACACUCAUACCUCCUUACAAAGGGUACAAUGCAUCAAUUGAUGCUAGUAUACCUAAUGUAUUUGCUACUGCUGCCUUUAGGUUUGGGCACAGUCUCAUAAGACCAGAAUUUUCACGUUAUCUCAGUGAUCAGUAUGAGAGGGGAACAAACAAGCAACUGAACUUACUCCAAUCAUUCUUCAACAUUAAGGCAUUCCAAGAGACCAGAUUGGGUGCUAUUUUCCGAGGACUAGCAACAGAUAGCUCAAGGAGGAUGGACGAAUCACUCAAUAAGGUAUUAACAACACAAUUGUUUAAGAAAACAAGUGCUCCUGGUUUAGAUCUAGCAGCACUGAACCUUCAGAGACAAAGAGAUCACGGGCUGCCAUCUUACACAGUCUGGCGUAACUACUGCCUUCGUCAGUUCCCCAAGCUACCAAUGGCAUCAUUGAGGUCACGCACUCUUCACAGACAAUUACUGAAGACUUAUGAACAUUUGGAAAAUGUUGAUUUCUGGUUGGGAGGAAUAUCAGAAAGAAGGCUAAAGGGUAGUGUCUUAGGACCAACAUUUGCUUGCAUUUUUGGACUUACGUUUCAAAAUCUUCGUGACGGUGAUCGUUUCUGGUAUGAAAAACCAGGAGUAUUUACCUCACUGCAACGAAGAGAGAUAAACAGAGCAUCUCUAUCACGUGUUAUAUGUGAUAACACUGACAUUAACCUCAUUCAAAGAGACUCCUUUAAAAUGCCCGGCAGGUCACGGAACAAAAGAGUAAGAUGCUCUAGACUACCAAAGAUGAAUCUUAGGAGAUGGCAGAAAAGAUCAAAAACUAGAAGAAGCACUUGCUACAUGAAAAUCAGACACCGUGGAGGACGAGGAGUAUGUUUCACCACAACAUAUACUGAACAAGGAGUCCAAUCCUCGUUUGCAGCUGGAUCCCUAACCGGCUGGAGAUAUGGAUGCAUUAAGAUUCAAUGUCCUUUAAGCUACAGUCGGUCAGUAAGCAUUGGAGUCAGACCUAGGAAUAGAUGGGGACGUAGGCAUUGCAGAUUAAGAUCCAUCAAUAGACGACUUCCAAGAAAUCAAGCUACUGAUGCCUCAAGUUAUUAUGGAACGGGGUUUACUCCUUCAAUAGUGAGCAACAGGUACAGCGGUAUCUACAGGACCAGGAGACUCUGCUGGAGGGGGAGAUACAGGGCACUGACUUAUAGGUGCACUUUAUGGUCAAGACGUGUAUCAGUUAAUGAUGAUGAUGAAAGGUUUGAUGUGGAGAAAAGAAGUGAAGAGUUUGAUGAUGAUGAGUUUAUUGAUGAUGAAGAGGGAGAUGUAGAGGAGGAUGAAGCUGGUGAGGAUGAAGCUUAUGAGGAAGAAGAAGAAAUGAAUGGAGAAGAAGAGUCUGAUGAUGAGUUUAUUGAUGAUGAAGAGGGAGAUGUAGAGGAUGAAGCUGGUGAGGAAGAAGAAAUGAAUGAAGAAGAAGAAGAGUUUGAUGAUGAGUUUAUUGAUGAUGAAGAGGGAGAUGUAGAGGAGGAUGAAGCUGGUGGGGAAGAAGAAAUGAAUGGAGAAGAAGGAGAGGAGUUUAAUUGACUCAGAAUAAUAAUGAUCAUUAACAAAACAAUAGAACUAUAAUUUUUAGAUCAGAGUAGCUAGUACGUAGUGCAGUAACAUUAUUAAUAGGCCUUUUCUUUUAGUUUUUUUGUGCUAUCAAAUCCUUUAUUUAGCAGUCAGUUCAUUGUAUUUGAGGCAUUGAAAAAUAAUGUUGGGCUUGAGCACAUCAAGUUAGACUA